AUGCCGGAGCUGGCCAUGGUCACCGCGGCGAGGGCAAUCGCUGAGUGGGACCACCCUGCCGCGGACAUCACCCAUCUCGUCAUCUCCACCAACGCCGGCGCCCACACCCCUGGCGCCGACAAGCGGCUUGCGGCGCUCCUCGGCCUCCGUCCAGCGCGCCAUCCUCUACAUGCACGGCUGCUCCGCCUCGCCAAGGACAUCGCCGACAACACCCACGGUGCGCGCGUGCUCGUGGCCUGCGCGAAGGUCUUCCUCAUAGCGCCCGUCGCCCCCGACGAGGCCCACCUCGACACCCUCGUCGCCGCGUCGCUGUUUGGCCGCGGCGCCAGCGCCGUCAUCGUGGGCACCAACCCGAGAGCCCCCGUCAAAAACCCUGUCUUCCACAUGGUGUCCAAUCGAAUGGGAGUGAGAGCUAGGGUUUGGUAA